AUGCUCCCACUGCCUCACCCGAUUACCAGGUUUGUGCUGCAGCCACUAGAAGAGGCGAGGGCAACGGAGGAAGGGAAGAUCAAGGAGGCAGAGGCCACCAUUGCAUCGCUGCAGGGGUCAAAGAAGUACCUGGAGAAGCAGAUGAGGGAGGUGCAGAGCAACUUUAAGGAGCUCAUGGAGCAACUGCCGGCCUCCAUCCCUGGCCUCACACAGGCCAUAAAUGGCUGA